GCAAAGCUACAACGUCAGUCGUGUUACAUCAAGCCGCUCGAAUACAUGAGACAACCGCACAAAUCAAUUAGUGCAAGUUUCCGAACGCAUCCAAACAUUCAAAUUUGGAACGCCCGUCGUAGACGCGCGGUAAAAUUGCGUCAUUUCUUGUUUUUAUUUUGGAUUCCAGCUGUUGUUUAUAAAUAAACAUGAAGGAAAAAAACUUUGUAUUUACUAUUAUAGUUAUGGUUUUCGUGCCUCAUGUGUGCUUCGCGUGUUUCACUGAUAAUCAGGAAUAUGAAUACAGACUAAAAACAGGAAGCACUUUUUAUAUGGAGUGUCGUUGUGAACAGCCAACUAGUUCGAGGAUAAUGUUACAAUGGCUCGAUACCCACGAUCAGACAAUCGAACCUUCGGGACCAGGUACAAAAUCGAACGUGUACACGGAGUGGUGGGAUGAAGUGACCUACAGCCUUUAUAUUACGAACAUAAGCAAAUCUAUAUCUGGCAACUAUAAAUGCGUGACUGAUUACAACGACCAGAUACACUAUCGUACAUAUGACGUCGAAGCAUAUGAUCCACCGUACUUUGUUAAUACGAAGGAAGCGCAAUAUGUAGUUAGCGGGGCUGAUGCGCUUAUCAAUUGCGAAGCUAGAGGUGAGACUGAUCCAUUGAUUAGCUGGCAUAAAGAUGGCAAUGAACCUAUUGAGAUAACAGAUGACAGUAAAUAUGAAAUAUCUGGACUUGGAUUACUUAUCCGUAAUAUAACCGAUGAAGACACGGGAAUUUAUAAAUGUACAGCAAACGAUUUUGAAACAGGUGAAGAAGUCAAUAUUGAUAUAAAAGUUGAGGUAAUAACGAAGCCAGAAAUAGAAGAAGUGACUGCCAUCCCAGAUAACGUAGCAUUUGAAGGAGCAUCGAUUGCAAUGGACUGUAGUGCUCGUGGGAUACCGCCGCCGGAGUACACUUGGAGAAAAGUUACACAAAAUGAAAAUGGAUCAAAGAUUAAUUACGAACAAGUUUUUAAUAGAAUUGUGUUUGAAAACAUAACAGCGAGCGAUAGAGGUAUAUACGAGUGUAUCGCAAACAAUAGUGCUGGAAGCGUCUCCAAGCAGAUUGAGCUUAAGGUUCUAGUGCCACCUACGAUAACGCAAUUUAAUAAUGUAACAGCUAUCGAAGAUGGUACUGUACAGGUUGUGUGUAAAGCUAGUGGUAUUCCGAUCCCCAAAAUAAAUUUAUUGUUUUUAAACGAAGAAACCGAUGACCACAGCAUAGUGUGGGACAGUAAAAACAUAAGCGAUACCGAGACUGAAUUUUAUUUAUCGUUUCUUCGCGUGAAUAGACAACAUGAGGGUAGUUAUAUAUGUAAUGCAAGUAAUGAUGUUGAAUCCGUGACCUCUGAAAUGCACAUGUCAGUGUUAUAUAAACCACACUUCAGCAAGCCCACAGUGAAUGUGUGGGGUUGGGAUUCGAAUCCAGUCAAUUUAACCUGCGAUUAUGAAAGUAAUCCUCCAUCUAAUAUUACCUGGAGGUAUCAAGGGAGCAACAUAUCAACGAACGUGCAAUUAGAAAUAAACAGACGAAUAAUUGAAAAUGAAAAUAAAGUGCCCAUAGACUUCAAUAAUGAAACAAUGUAUGGCGUGUAUGAGUGUACCGCUACAAACGAUUAUGGAGAAGCUAAGAAGAUCAUUGUAUUCCUUGAAGGAUUUCCACCACCGCCCAUAAGAAAUGUUUCCAUACAAAACGUAACAUCAACCUCCGUGACAUUCUCUAUCGAAGGCCCAGAAGAAAUUCCUGGACCGAAUGUGAUAGGAUUUACAUCGGAAUAUGACCUGGCUGAAAAUUAUAACAUAACAAAUAUUCACGUAAACCGGACUUGGGCUGUGGGAAAUUUAUAUAGAAUUAAUAAAUUAAAACCAAACAGUAGUUAUUUGAUAAAAUUUGCGGCCGUUAAUGAUGUAGGAGCAGGCGCUUGGAGCGACAGCAUGGAAUUUGUAACACUGGAAAAAUCAACUCCCGAAGAACCAAUAUGGGAGACGGAUUCAGAGUCAAUAAGCGAAGGAAUCCUUAAAUGGAGGAAAUCGGAUGAUACUGACGAACAAAUUGAUUUCUACUAUAUAAGAUACUGCCCGGUUUUGGAUCUUGUACUACAAUAUGAGUUAUGUAACUUAGAAAUGAUUGAACCAACAACACAAUUCGAUUUGAAUAAAUUGGAAUCAAACACAACUUAUUAUUUUGAAUUAGUAGCACAUAACUCGCUUGGAAAUUCUACCGUCGCAACAAAUUAUAUAACAACACCAGUAAAAGAGCCAUCAACUAUAUCAGCUGCAGCGGUAUUAGGAAUAGUAGUAGUUAUAGUGUUCUUGGUGUUAUUGUUGUUAGACUUAAUUCUUUUGUUGUGGCGAAAACAAGGAAUUAUAGCCAGUUGUGUGAACAAGAAGAAAAAGGUCAAACAAGCGGAUAAAUUAGAUGAACGCGAUAAAAAAGGUCUUCUGCGAGACAACGCUGAGUCAACAGAAGCCAAGGUGCCAGCUAACGGUCACAAGGAAUAUGAAUAUAAUAAAACCACGGGUGUGAUUACUGGGAAACAUUCUGCCGUAUAGUUUAUAUAUAUCUGUAUAAUACCUAGUGAUAAUACUAUAUUAGGUAUGUUAGACACUAAGGGAUUGUUACUUUGCAGUUUUUAAACAUUUAAUAAUAAAUUAUUUUGAUUACCUAUUUUAUGAAAGUAUAUAUUUUCCAUAGUUAUUUUGAACGUGUAUGUUAAUUGUUGAUAUUAUAGGUUUUGCUAUAAAGUUGUAUAAUAAGUGUACAUAAGUAUUAUUAUACAUAUAUUUAUACCUACUUUAUUUAUUAUGUUUAAUUAAAAUUCUAAUAAUUGUUUAUAAUAUUCGUAAAUCUAAUGCCUUAAGAACAUGUUGUUAAUACCAAAGAUUUUAAGAGUUAUA